ACUGGAGCUAACUAUCUGCAGCAGCCGAGGAACAGCAACAACCGAGAACGUCGCGUACAACAAAGGCAUAAAGAUGUCCAAGGAGGCGGCCCCUGCUCCUGUUACCCCCGAAAGGACCACACCCUCCAUCGCUCCAGAUGGUCUAGGAAGAGGUCUCUUCGCUGCGACCGACAUCAACCCCGGACAAGACGUCCUGCACAUCUCCAUACCCUUCGUGGCAGUCUUAGACACCCACCAGCUGGGCGAAGUAUGCUCUGGGUGCUUGGGAAGAAGACAGCUCGAGAACGACGACCGACGCCUGAAAGGCUGCACCGGAUGCCAGAUCGUGAAGUACUGCGAUAGGACAUGUCAAGCCAAGGACUGGAAGUUCGCGCAUUCGCUCGAAUGCGCCAUCUUCCAGAAGCUCCGUCCACGGAUCCUCCCCAUCAACGCGAGAGCCGUGCUGCGGAUGGCGUUGCGCAGCGAACGACAGAAGUACCCCCCGCAGGAGGUGGAGCUGUUUCGGCAGCUCGAGACGCAUAUCAAGGACAUCCGGGAGGAGAACCCCGCGCAAUGGCAGCGGAUCUCCAUCUCUUCGAAGGCUGUGAAAGCUUAUUCGGGGGUGGAGAUGAAGGAAGAGGUGAUUUCGGCUUAUGGUGCUAAGCUCGAACUCAACUCCUUCAACCUAACCAAUGCACUGUACGACCGCAUCGGCCUCUACCUGCACCCGUAUGCGGCCCUUAUGAACCACAGCUGCGACUACAACGCCGUCGUCGGCUUCGACGGCGACGAGCUGUACGUCAAAGCCAUCCGGCCCAUCGCCCAGGGCGACCAGAUCUUCAUCUCCUACGUCGACACCACCAACCCGCGCCCGCUGCGGCAGAAGGAGCUCCGCGAGCGGUACUACUUCCGCUGCCGGUGCACGAGAUGCGAGCAGCCGGGGGACGAAGGGAACGACGAACAAGGACCUACAGACUCCGCUGCAGCAGAAACACAAGCCUACGCCCUCCUCUCUCGCACAUCCUCGGACUCUUCCUCCGACCUUACACCUCACCUCCCUGCCCCCAACGACCUGGCAACCGACAUCUCAACCGUGCUGCAGAACCUCCCCCCAACCCGCAUCACAACCCAGCCCUACGUCUCCCUCCGCGACGAACUGAUCGCCGCCCUGCUCGCCCGCCAGCGCUACAAGGCCGCCUUUGCGCACGCCGCGGUGCGGUACCUCCGCAUCGACCCCGCCGUGUACCCGCGGGAGAUCCAUCCGAUCCGGCUGGUGCAUGCGUGGGCGCUGGCGCGGUUGGCGGUGCUGCUGUCGCAGGGGGUGGAGGUGACGCACGGCGGCGAAGAUGAGGUGGCGCUGGAGCGGUUCGAGGUGAAUUUCAGUCUCGUGCUGUGGGAGGUGUUGCGGCGGUUAGUCGCGCUGGAGGGGAGGAGUUGUGCGGUGCCGGGGUUCCAGGGGUUGGUGGGGGGGUUGUUCGGGCAGGUCCAGGCGGAGUUUGCGGCGGCGGGGUUGGAUCCGAGGCGGAUGGAGGGACAGAUCAGGGAGGAGUUUGGGAAGGUGGGCAGAUUGGUUGAGUGGAUCUUAGAUGGGAAAGUGUAG